ACUCACGUCUGCCGUCGAUCCCUUGGUUCUGCCUGAAUUGUUUGGAGGGAAAACAGAUGGUUGGUCAAACGAGGGGCGUCUGUCUGCAGGUUAGGGUGGAGUCAGUUGGACGAGAUGACCACACCCAGUCAGUCACGACUAAUGAACUAUGUAUGAUCACAUCCCGCUGAAUAUCCACCAAUCCUCAUAAGACUUGGGUUCGAUCCCCUGGUCACGUGGCUCGGACCGGGAAAUCUCACCUCAUUCAAAUCAGGGUGAAAUGCAUGAGUUUAAAAUCACAGCAACGAAUUCGUAAGCGAACUGGAUUCAUCCCCUUUUUUUUUGUUCCUCCAGUGCGCGCUGCUGUGACGCGCGGCCAUGAGCGCGCAACUGCACCGCGCACAGGAUGGAUGAGACCGGAAGCGAUGCGCAGAACAUAAGAUCCACGUCUAAUGUAAAACGCGGGCACGAGUGAGCUGGGAUCUGUUGUCGAGGUUUGGUUGAGGCUCAAGAGUCAAAAGAAAGAAAGAAAAACCUGAAGGGACCUGGAGCUCGGGUUUGAGGGAGAUUGGUGGAUUUUACACACGCAGACUUUUUUUUCUGGAGCAGCGAGCUGCAGCUCGUGGAUUCAGGGAAACUUGAAUAAUAAGAGAGAACCUCGUCGUCUCCAGCUGCUGUGAAGUUCUGACGGAGGAGAUGAGAAGAGAAGGUCGCUCCAUGAGACUCUCCUCCUGCUCCUCCUGCUCCUCCUCGCUUCUCCGGACGCGUCGGGUGUGAGCGCGGAUGUGAGUUUUGAGAAGCUCCACGUUUGGUUCCACCUCUUCUCUCCUCUCUCGAGCUGAAACUCGACCCCCGAGCUGCAGAGGAGCCGCGGGGGGGAGACGACGCCGCCGCCAUGGGACGGAUCCAAACACUGAUGUGAUGGGCUGUUGAUGGAGAGGAUUUCGAAUGUCAGCCGGGACAGUGGUCAUCGCAGGAGGAAUUCUGGCUACAGUCAUCUUACUGACCAUCGUUGCUGUACUGUGUUUAUGUAGGUUGCAGUAUUACUGCUGUAAGAGGGAGGAGUCUGAGAAGGGGGAAGAGGAGGAACCGGAGCUCGCCACCAUGUCGCCGUCCCGCCCCCUGGCUCUGACCGCCCCUCCCACGCCUCCGACGCCGGAGCACUACAGCGACGAGCCCGAGUCCUACCCCCCCACCUUCCUCACCGAGGCCAACGGGCCGGUGGGCUACUCCCCGACCCCGCCGCCCCGCAGGUGCCAGCGCUCGCACGCCUUCUGCCCGUCCUGCGCCCGCUGCUCACUGCCUUUCUACCUGCAGCACCCGGAGAGGCUGUGCAACGGCGGGCGCGGGAUCAGCUACAGGACUGUGCAGCAGCAGGACAUGGAGCUGCCCGUGGAUCUGGCCAGCUUCUACCAGAAGCUCAACCUCAUCCGCUCCGUCACCAUGAGGGAGGUGGUCACCCACAGCGUCAGCACCGACGUCUAGGAGCCGGCGCCGCCCUGCUGGCCUGGUGGAGCGGCGAACCUCUUCUCUGAGCCGGUGCCGCCUGCAGGCGCUCCGACUGACGCCAGCUGUACGAGUAGAUGUGGUGGUUUGCAGCACAGAUACUGAACUGUGCUGAACCAUGACAACGCUGAGGGCUUAUUUCAUCUCUAACAUCACGUUGAACACAAAGCGUUUCUUUCGGACUUGAAUGGACACAUUUUUGUCAGUGGAAACGGAUCCUUUUGACCAUGACUUUGUGUUUUAGAUAGUCAAGUAACUAACCAGUGUGUGUGUGUGUGUGUGUGUGUGUGUGUGUGUGAAAAUAUAAACCAGACAAUUAACAAUUUGAGCCUUUGUGAGUAAAGUUAACACAGAUUUAGUGUGUUUUGUUGUUUGAAUGCACCAGGAAAUGGGGGUAAAAAUGAAUCCAAGUCGAUGCAAAUGCGACUUUUCCUACAUAAGGCUAAUUAGCUAGCUAGCUAGAGCCUAGGCAGUUAGCCUGCGCUGUUGUGUCGUGUGUGUGUUUGUAUUUUAAACAGUGGCGACUGAAACGAGUGAAUCAAGUCGGAGCGAAUUCAUCUUGAACAACAGUUACUUUUACUGAAAGGGUGAAUCUUGUGUCGUUGUUUGGACACUGAGCGACAUGCUAACGCCGUUAGCUUGGCCCUGACGUGUUCUCAUCUGUUGAGGGAGGGGCUGGUCCGGUACGCCGCGCCUACAGCUGUGAUUUAAUAGUAUAAAUUCCUCUGAUUCUCUUUAAGGAUAAGUCCGUUAUGGUUGUUUACCGUUGUGUGCGAACCAAAUCUCAAAGUUUUGUUUGCGUAUCUAGAGCCUGAUACAUCGUAUUCUUCAGUAUUGUUUGAAAAGGAACAUGGUGUGUGUGACGCCGUUGCAGCGGGCGACUUGUUCCAUCGUCACAUGAACACACACUCUGCAGUUUACGCACAAGUUGUGGAUCAAUCCGCCGCUGAAACAAGUCCAAGUGAUGUUUCCUACAGACUACAUGACUUUGUGUUUGUGAUCUAUGAUCAGAAAACAUGAAGGAAGAAAGAACGGGCAAAUAUUUGCGGGAAUAACACGAACAAGACAAGUUUUCUUUAGUUAAUCACAUUGUUCACAUCACAGACUUUUACCUUCGCUCACAAAAAGCUACUUUGGUUCACAAAUUUUUCACCGUUUUCGAGUAUAUCAUGUUUAAAAAAAAAACAAAUCUGAUUUCCAAUAGACGAUAAGUCCGUUCCCGUCCUGAAUGUACAGUGUAUGUUCUGUGCGUUGGUUCUGUAGCGCCCCCUGUGGUUCACUGAUUAUGCAGAAAAGAUGUACGAGUGUUUGUUUCUGUCCGAUACGAAACUUUAUCAUCAGUUUGUUUCAGACUGAAGCUUCUGAGCCUCGGUGAAGCCGACGCCUCUCCUCAGGAUCCUGGGGGCGUGGCCACACUGAGGGCGUGGCCACACUGAGGGCUCGUCCACACUGAGGGCUCGUCCACGCUAAUGCGAAUAUAUUUAGUCAAACAAAACAUUUCCUCCACGUUUCGGCCUCUCGUCCACACCAGAAGUGUGUUUUAGGUCUAACAGAUUAAAAAAAAAAUUUAAAAAUUAUUAUGUAGAGGCAAAAUAUGAGUCUAGAAAAAAUAUCCAUAUUAGUGUGGACCAGGCAAAAUGAAUGAAAACACCUGUCGGAUAAAAACCAGAAACUGUGGAAGCUUUUCAGUCAUAUUUUCUUUUAAAAAAAAUUGUCUUUAUGAGUCAUAAGGAAGAAAAAAAUGUAAACUUCACCUCACUUUAAUAUUUUUCAGAUUUGAAGCCUCAAAAGAAGAAGUUUGACAGCUGAUUAUUCGUCUCCCCUUGUUUCACCCAUCGAAUGAUUUUGACCCAAAUUCAGAUUUAUAAAUUUUUUUCAUUUCAAGGACAUUUUUGGUUCCUAUUAUUGAUUACUUAGCAACAAAAGAAGAUGAAUCAAAAGAAACAUAAUUGAUCAUGAUAUUGAGUAAAUGUCAGAAAAUCUAUUUUUCUGACAUUUACUCAAAAUGAAUUUUUCAUAUUUGAGGAAUUGAAUUAUCGACACACAAGUGACAUUUUUUUUUCAAUAUUCUUGACUGAAACAUGAUUUAUGCUGUUUUUAUGGAGUAAAGCUGUGUCCUGGCUGAAGGAGCCACCUCACGGAUAUAAAAUUAUACAUAGGUAUAAAUUUCAUUUUCUGACUUGAGUUGAGUUGCAGAGCGACGUGGUGAAGAAACAUUUCAAAGGGCUUUUUCCUCCGAAGCGUUCGACGAUCUGACGACUGCGAGUUCAGAGGGACGAGUCUCAUGGGUCAGAGGUCACGUCGUGUCCGGGGACUUCCGCUCCGUCGUGAGAUCUAUGGAUGUUGGGACGCGAUGGAACUUUAGACUUCACCAUGAGAAGACUCCAAGGGUUCCACGGGGAACGUUGCAUUUCUGAUCAGAUGGAAUCAGCUGUGUUUAUUCUUCUUCGUGUGAUAUUUGUGAUUCAGUGUGUUUGUGAAUCAAAGUGUGUGUGUGUGUGUGUGUGUAGCUCGUCAUAAAAGACGGAGCAACGAUUGUGUCGCUUUCACUUUGUUUGUAAAAUAAGAUAAGAUGCCACACUGGAGUCUGUCGCCGCGCCGCAUCAGUGGAAGAAGAAAGCGACCAUGAGGUCACGUGACUGCGUCUCAUCCCCGUCAACACAGAAUAAAGAGGAUUCUGCGUCGGUGUUAAA